AUAACUAAAAUCGAUUCCCAUUUGGCAUCUUUCCAUUUGGGUUCUUAGGUUUAUCUCCAUAGCUCAUAUCUCUGUCAUAUUAUGCAGGCCCCAUUUUGUAAAAAGUAGAAAAGGAGGCAGCCAUCGAGGGACCGCAACAGGACUAAACUGAAGAAUAGAAUUUUAACUUUCUCACCAAAUAUGUCUUAGUUUUCAAAGCUUACACUAUUACGUUAUUAGAUACUUUCUCUUUAAUUAUUCUCUUACUUUUCCUCUUUCUAUCCUUCUCAAAGUCUUCAAAAUCUUCUGUUACAUGUAUUUUUGCCUAUUCAAACACUAUUCAACUUUGUGGACUGAGACCUCUUCUUCCAUAUAUCCUUCUCUUUACAGAAAGUCAUGACAUAAUUCCCAAAUUAAUAAGCAAGUUUAUAUCAGGAAACCUCUCAAACAUGAACCUUGUUGAGAAUGUUGUUUAUGAUUGUUUCCUGGGGCUUCUUUCAAUCUCCGUCGUCAUUCUUGCUGUUGUUCUCUUUUUCAGUUGCAGAAAAAAACCUGUAGAAUCUGAAGAAUCGCUUCCCGUCAGGAUUUCUGCCUGCUCAUAUCCAUUAACAGAUAUAGAUGCCGCCACUGAUGGCUUCAACGGUCGAAGAAUAAUCGGCUACGGUCGCCUUGGAACCGUUUAUUCAGCUGUGUUAUCAACCGGAGACUUGGUUGCCGUGAAGAGAAUACAUCCCUGGCUAGUUCUAAGCAACGCCGGAUUCAAUUUCUCGUCCAUAAUCAAAACAAUCUCUCAAGCACAGCACCCUAAUAUAGUCCCGAUUUUAGGGUUUUCACAGGCGCCAGGAGAGAGAAUUAUUGUAAUGGAAUUCGUUGGUAUGGCGAGUUUAGAAUUUUCUCUGCAUAAAAAUAACGAUGGGGCUUCUCUUUUGGAUUGGAGACGGCGUUUGAUGAUUGCCGCAGGAGCAGCAAAAGGGCUUGAGUAUUUACACGAAGGUAUGGUGCCAAAUGUAAUACAUGGCUGCAUAAAGGCUUCAAACAUAUUAUUAGAUUCUAAAUUUUGUCCAAAGAUUUCUGAUUAUGGGCUCUCCUUUAUGGCUCCCCAAGAGAAGAGAGGACUUGUGGGGUAUGUAGAUGAUGAGUAUUGGGGUGAGAGAGGCGGCGGAGGUGCCAAAGAGAACGAUGUUUAUGGAUUUGGUGUGGUUUUGUUAGAGCUGUUGAGUGGGAGAAGUAGUGAAGAAGGAUUGCUUGUUAACUGGGCAUUACCUUUGAUUAAGGUAAUGAGAUUAAGUGAACUUUUAGACCCUCGACUUCCAUUUCCUUCUGAUGUUAAACCUCUGGUUAGAUUGGCUAAAGUUGCCCUAGCUUGUGUUGGUAAUUCUAGAAAGAGUAGGCCUUCAAUCGUUCCGGUGGCUGCUAUUUUGAACAACUUGGAUAAUAAUCAGCUAGUUCUUUGAUUCAUUAACCAUAGUAUCAAUUUUGAAACCCACAUGAAGAAACCGGAGAUAUAUAGAGAAGUGUACAUUUUUUGACUAGGAAAAUCUUCUUUAUGCACGGCGUUGAAUAGUAAACAGAGAUGGAAGAUGAGGAAUUUUGAGGGCCAAAUUAAUGUCGAAAUUGAAAGGUGGGACGGUGGUUGUCAUUUAGUCGGUGAAUUAGGUCUCUGUUUCCGUGUACAAGAAGAAGAAGAAGAACAAGUGGGGAACUUUUUGGUAUUGAAAAGGACCCAUUUGCUUGACAAAUUUUCUUCUUGUCAUUGCUUAAUCAUUUUGUAUAGAUCGCUAAAUGUAAAUCAUUGUUCUGUGUAAAUUUUAUGAUUACAUAUAAAAAUGUCGGAAAUUUUUGUAACA